CUCCUCUGCUCCCCCUCCCCCUUCUUUCAUCUCCGCCCCGUGGCGCGUCACGCUGUCUAUUUUAGCGCGAGCUGCAGGUAACAGCAGCGCGCGGACUGGAAGCUCUGAUCCGAGAGUGAUGCAGCACAGGGAGCGGCCGCGUUUCGUCCUCGCGGAACCGCCUAGCGCCUCUCUCCUUAAAUGACCCGCCGGAGGGGCUCGCGCGCUCCCGCCCGGAUCAUGGCAUGCGCUUCAACCCACAGCUGCACACGCGCCACUGAACAUGGGGCUCAUCAGGGCCAGGAAUGGCGGCGGCAUCGGCGGCGGCGGCGCUGAGGAGGAGGAGGCGGCGCGCGAUAGCGGCAGCGGCAAGAGGCGGAGAAGCGCGCUGGCCGGCGAGCUGGAGCCGUGCGCGGGCCACGAGCGGGACGGCGCACUGCUGCUGGCGGGCGCGGGCGCCGGCAGGGUGGCGGACUUCAAGCGUGGCUCGCAGAACAUCGGGCUGCUCGCCAAAACUCCGCUGGGCUACACGCGCCCUGUCAAGAGGAACAACGCGCGCAAGCGGCGCAUCCAGAACCUCAUUUACGACGCGCUCGAGAGACCGCGAGGAUGGGCGCUGCUCUACCACGCGUUCGUGUUUCUGAUAGUUCUGGGCUGUCUGAUUCUGGCUAUUCUGACCACAUUUAAAGAGUAUGAGGCUGACUCAGGUCACUGGCUGGUGGUUCUGGAAACAUUCACUAUCUUUAUUUUCGGAGCGGAGUUUGUGCUAAGGGUCUGGGCAGCAGGAUGCUGUUGUAGAUACAAGGGCUGGAGAGGGAGGCUCAAAUUCGCCCGCAAACCACUGUGCAUACUGGAUAUCUUUGUGCUGAUAGCGUCAGUACCAGUGGUGGCAUUGGGAAAUCAGGGAAAUGUGUUGGCCACGUCUCUCCGAAGUCUGCGCUUUCUGCAGAUCCUGCGCAUGCUGCGCAUGGACCGCCGAGGAGGCACCUGGAAACUGCUGGGGUCUGCAAUAUGUGCCCACAGCAAGGAGCUGAUCACUGCCUGGUACAUAGGUUUUCUCUCUCUGAUCUUGGCCUCGUUCCUGGUUUAUCUUGUGGAGAAGGAUGUUGUAAUGACAGAUGGGUCAGUCAAGGAAGAUCUCACCCCCACCCCCACACCUGAGCAGGACUUUGACACCUAUGCAGAUGCACUGUGGUGGGGGCUGAUCACUUUGACAACCAUUGGAUACGGUGAUAAGACACCAAAAACAUGGGCAGGACGUCUGCUUGCUGGAACCUUUGCUUUGAUCGGUGUUUCAUUCUUUGCUCUGCCGGCUGGGAUCCUGGGUUCUGGUUUGGCUCUUAAAGUUCAGGAGCAGCACAGACAGAAACACUUUGAGAAACGCAGACACCCUGCAGCCGGACUCAUACAGGCGGCAUGGCGAUAUUAUGCCACAAAUCCAGUGAGAGAAGACCUUAUUGCAACAUGGAGAUUCUACGAAACAGUGAUAUCUCUGCCAUGCUUCAGGAAGGAAAAUCUGGAAGCAAUUGCUAGUCAGAAGCUGACACUGCUGGACCGCGUGCGUUUGCCCACUCCACGCCCGUCCUCGGUGAGAGGGCGCUUCAUGAUGCCUGCAGGGAAUCCUGGGAGUGGAGCAGGGAACUGUGGGCCGACAGAGGUCGAGAGUCCAUCCAAAGAGGCAAAACCUGCUGGCUUCACCAACAGAGAGAGAUUCAGGACUGCGUUCAGAAUGAAGGCCUAUGCUCUGAGACAGAGUUCAGAAGAUGCAGGUGGUCUGACAGACCCCACACCUGAGGAAAAGGGCUUCCCCCCUGACAUCCUGAUGGAGGAAAUGAUUCCUACUCUCAAACUAGUCAUCAGAGCAGUAAGGAUUAUGAUGUUCCUGUUGAAUAAAAAACAUUUUAAGGAGACUCUGAGGCCAUAUGAUGUGAAGGAUGUGAUAGAGCAGUACUCCGCAGGACACCUGGACAUGCUGUGCAGAAUCAAAUACCUUCAGACACGAAUAGAUUUGAUUCUUGCUCCUGGACCACCGCUUACUCCAAAACAUAAGAAGACCCAGAAAACACCUUUCCCCUAUCCAUCUCAGCAGUCUCCCAAACAUGAGGCUUAUCUGGCUAAAACAGGCCUGCCAGAUGCCGAGGACCAAAGCAUGAUGAGUAGAUUUGUACGUGUGGAGAGACAGGUGACAGACAUGGAGAAGAAGCUUGACUUCCUGGUGGACAUGCACAUGCAGCAUGAUCUCACAGGCCCCACCCAUGUUACCAUGGAGCGCCACGACCCUUCAGUCACUGUCAGUGUUGCCGGAGACCGAGUGUACUGCAGCUAUGCUCCACCUCUACACUACACACCCUUCUACACACUCUCACACACAAUGUCAAACACACAUUCUCACUCAAACCCGGCAAGGCCCACUGUCUUACCGAUCAGUCCACUGCCCAGCCAUUCCCCUUCUGACCACCUGGACCUAUCAGAACACCUUUGCAUGGAUCAGGGGGCAGGGACUCCACUGUCAUUGCUGUCCGUCACGCAUGAGGAACUGGAGCGGUCACCCAGCGGCUUCAGCAUCUCUGCUGAGAGAGAGGAGGUCAUGGGCAAAGGCUCGGGAAUCACAGCAGGGUCAAGUUGGGGACGCGAUCGCCGCUAUUUGGCCGAGGGAGAGACGGAUACGGACACUGACCCUUUUACUCCAAGUGGACCCAUUCCACUGUCUUCUACUGGAGACGGAUUUGCCACUGAUGGAGCGUGGACCACCCCACCUUGAAAAACACAUGCAUACGUGCACAAAUACACACAUACGCACACAAAUAUAACAACAUACAUUUUUAAAAAACUAGACUCUGUACAGCACUCACAAACACACGCAUAUGCUCAGACAUAAUAAUCUUCAGAAAAUAUAUAAAUAUAUAUCAACAUCAUGCUUUACCGCUGCAAAGCAAGGAGCACUGCAUGGAAUGCAUGCGUUUUAUCUUUUUCGUCUUUAGUGGUAGACACUGCACAGGGGCAGACCAAGAAGGGACUGUAUGUUGGGGGGGAAGCAAAAUGAAAUGCUAUGCCAUUUUUGUACACUUAUUUUUAUAUUUACGACCAUCUAGCUUUUUCAUAUGCAUGGACUGCAUGACGUUCACCUAUAAAGCAGCUAACGGUAAAGACGUUUCUUCUGCUUUGCACUUCACUCUUUAAUAAAAAUAAAAAAAUAAAAAAAAGACAAGGGUUCUUUGAGCAAUGCCAUAGAAGAACCACUUUUGGAGAUUUGUGAGGAAGAAGAACCUGUUAUAGGUUUAAAGAAACUUUAUACUGAUUAAAGGUUCCAAUUUUCUUAGAGUCAUUACAUUAUGUGAAGAUUUUUAAUUUUUAAAAAGGCUCUUCACACUUCAAUUGGAGCACAUAAAAAAAAUCCCCAGUGUUGCCUAACACUAUGAAUACAGUGAUUUCAGUUCAAUGAUUGGCAGACUACACUGCUCUACAUCCAGUUAUUCAGGCCUAAUCAGGGCUGUACUUAGAUUUUUGAGCAUGUAGCACGGGUGCUAUACAAGUUGCAAGUGUAGUAGCACAAAUGAACAUUUUUAAGCACUGACAUAAAAAAAUGACUAAUGUAAAUGUAAACUAAAGUAAAUGGAACAAUAUAAUUUUAAGUGCUAAUAAAAUUGAAUCAUUUUAUCUAGAUUAAUUCUGAUUCCCAACAAGGGGACACUACUAGUGCUUAAGUAGCCUUUUUUUUUCUGCAUUUGAAUGAGAAGAAACCCACGGCAGCAGAUAUGCAUGGCUAUGCAUGUUUGGGUUAGAGUAACAAAUCUGAAAAUAUGAAGUGAAAUAGUUCUAAAGGUAAGGCUCAAUACUAUUUAAAUAUAUAUGAUUUGUAAUUUUGUCAGCUUAUUCUUGAGAAACAGGCUAAAGAUAUCUAGUUUAAAGAGAGUAAAACGUAGUAUGAACAGCAGGGGGUGCCUUAGCUUCCAAUUUCACAGACUUCUUUGGGAAGACUUACUUUCUUCAACAAGCAAAUGGUAAAAGCCUUAAUUGCUAAGUUUAUGUAUGACAACACAGCUCUAAACUGCAUUUUGUGCAUCCUUGCUAACAUGUGGUUGUGUUCUUUACUAUUUAAUUUACUCAAUAGAGUACAAUUAUCAUAAACUUCAGAACUUAAUCUGCGUCACAGCUCACUCGAGUGUGCAGAGCAGAUGGUUUGGGCAGUUGGGAUAUGUUGUUCGAUAUUACAUGUGCCAUGCAGUCAGAACAGCUCAAUAAUUGACUACAACUUCCAUGAGCAUUUGGAGUGACAGUAUUGUGUGCAGUCUUUGUAAUCAAACAAAUGCAGAGUGUUCUUUAAGUACUAAAAAUAUACUCAGAAAAACAUAUUGCGAUGUGACGUAAUUUAUCGGCACAUUGUCCACCCCUAACUCCAAGGUUCUUUAGAAAACCAAAUGUGGUUCUUCUAUGGCAUCAUGCAAAAAAUUCUUAAUGACACCUUUAUUUUUAAGAGUGUUAUUAUGUCUUCUGGAUCUUUUUUGCACUUAGUUUGUGUUCCAGGUAAUUUUUUCAUUGCAGUGGAGAGCUUUCUUUGUGGUAACCAAAUUGGCUGUUUCUCUUAUUUACAAGUUUUAUUGCUGUAUUUGUUUCUCUCUGAUUUUUGGCAGCCUGGUUAUCAGGCGUGUUUGAUUUACGGCUUUGGUUUUCACUUUAACAAGUAGAGAGUUUCUGACUGAUACAGAGAGCAUGUCCCAAAUCACACCUUGAUCAUUACCAAGUGCACUUUUUUGGACAUUGCAGAGUAUGCUUGUAAGGCGGAGUGUGGACGUAUGGGACCAAACAAACCAGGCCACCAAUGCUGCUCUGUCCAAUCAGGAACUGUUCUAUGACAUCACCACAUGGCUUCAGCCCAGCCAAUCACCAUGGAGAUCUUCUUGGUGUCUCUUACCGUGAUUGGCUUUCACAGCUUCUAAACUGCCAGCUUAAAGAAUGUUGCUUCUUGUAAGAGCAUCAUGGAACUGUCUUCUCCAUGGUAACCAUCCAUACGCCUCACAAAGUCAUUGCAGUCCAGCACAGAGGUUGUUGACCAUGACUGUGGUUGUAGUUUUAGGCUUUUAACACUAGUUAGUGUACUUUUACAGCAUAACAUCUGUCAAUGAUUAAACUAAUUACUGUAAAGAAUGAGCGGUAGAUUGGUGUAUAUAUAGAGGUCUUCCUAAAAUGUUACUUUUAACAGAUUAUUUUAGGGCAGCAUUGCUCAGUUCAAAAAUAUUAACUGGUUAGACCUUUAGAAGGCCCGGUGUGUGGGCCUACAUUUCACUUUCCCAGUCUUAUAACUACAUAUUAGUUUCAUAGUAGUUACCAAAUAUAAGUUACAACAUAAUAUAACUGAAAAAGUAAAUGUAUUGAAUUUACCUGAUUCAAUUGUGUGCACUAUUUCUGCACAAAUUAACUACAUUACACUAACACAAUUUUGCAUUUCAGUUUGCUUACUUUUGGCAAUAUUAGUUAAUGUAACAUAAUUGUAUCUUUGUGGAAAUAAUGUGCACAUUUGAAACAGGUUAAUUCAACACAUUACCUUCUCAAGUGUAGUCACUCAAUAAUAAAUCUCAAGUUCAGUAACUGAAUAAAACACCUUGGGCUCAAGGGGUUAAAGCCCAAAAUGUAAAUCAUUAAUAAUUAAUAAUCAAUAACUAAUUAUUAUUUUUUGUGUAUCUCUUGAAGUUUGUAGUGAGAUACAGAGGAGAAUGAAAUGAGUCUUGGUAAAAUCCACCUAAUAUCAGACCAGAAAUUCUGCCCAAGAAUGGGCACAAAUGCUUGAUUCAGGUGCAACAUUUAUUAAUAUACCGGCAAAAGUUUGGAAUGAUCAAAAUUGCAUAUAUCAAGAAAAGUUACUUACAAUAUUUGACAAUUUUGUCACUUUUUUGGUGAUUAUUAGUGGUUCAAACAACAGUAUGUCCCUGAAUCAAGACCAAAUGCUAUCCAUAUUCCAACAGCAUUAAUCUUCACUUGGUAUGUCUUUAUUUUGGUAAAGUCAGUUAGUGGAGUUACAGGUAGAGUUGACUGAUCUAUCCAUGCUCUGUCUACAAACGCACUCUUUCAAGAAAAAAAAGUUACAUCUGCUGUAUCCUAACACUGUGCUUCCACAUGCAUACAAAAUACAUACAGUGCUCAAUCUUGGGACACCUGUAUCACUUUCUUUUUUUUUUUGAGGAACGUGCUUUCAUAUGUUGAGAAUUACAUAAUUCCAGCUAUGUUAUAAUCAGGCCUGGUUCACCAAGUUAGCAGCCCCUGGGCACAAAUAUUUGGUAAUCCUCUAACUAGCUACCUUUUUGGGGUGGUAUUUUUUUAUGAUAUCACAGCAGGUUAUAUGAGGCCUAUUUAGCACCACAAUGGCAGUACACUAACUGCAGUGUUGAGCAUGUGACCGCUAUAAGUGCAUAUUUUUUUCCAAUCAAGACUAAAGAACAGAAAGAUUACCUACACAUUAAUGAGAAUACAGGUUAACAUAGACCCAACAACCAGUGCAAAAUGUCCCUAAAGCCUGCGUUAAAUCUUCACAAGCAAAAUGUUUACCCCAAUGAAGAGGACAGAAAAAAAUGGAAAGCUAAAAUAUACAUAAAGUCAGAAAAAAGCAGCAAGCUUAAACAUCCAAACUGUAAAAUAUCCUAGCUAAAGCAUACUGCCACAUUGGGUGUGGAAAUUAUAUUUCUUACAUUUAUAUCUUACCUCUGAUGACAGUUGUUAUGGAUGAUGGAACUGAACUUAACCUUUUUUUAAAAAAAAAAAAAAACUCAAGUGGCUGACAUUUUAUAUUUGGCUUUGUAAAUGGACAUCUUCCAGUCUACUGAAGUUA